UUUCGAAGAUUUGGAGUACGUAGGUUAAUUUACUGUCUAAUGAAUGUCUACAUUAUACUUUCCAUCAUUUAUUUAACAAUAAUUUCACGAAAACAAAUAAUCGCAAUAUCAGGAACAUAAGUCAAGGUACUAGAAAAAAAAGUGAAUAACAGUUGAAUCCUUAAGUUCAAUUUAAUGAAAUUUUUGGUAUAUAAGUCAAGGCCAGUUUUCCCAAAAAAUUACGAUCCUAAAAUCCAAAUGUGAGUGCAAAGACUAUUUUUAACGUAUACAGAUUUUGCAGUGUCACUAGGUAUUAGGUGAGAUUUAAAAUGUCACUGAAACCAAGAAAAGUAGAUUUUGCAGCAACUUGGGAGGCUAUAAGGGAGACAAUAAAGGGGGUCAUUACCUUAAAACAUGUUCCAAGAAGUGUUUGGAAUGACAGAUUCUCAGAUGUUUACGCGCUUUGUGUCGCCCACCCUGAGCCAAUGGCGGAUAAGCUAUAUCAGGAAACAAAGAGAUACCUCAUGGACCAUGUUUCUUCACUCCAUCAGUUGGUUCAGAAAGAUGGCGAAGAUAAUUUAAUAAAAAAUUAUUACCAUUAUUGGUCGCAUUACUCAGUUGGUAGCCAAUAUUUACAUAGUUUAUAUUUAUAUUUGAACCAGCAGCACAUCCGUACUCAUAAAAUGUCUGACGCUGAGAUUAUAUAUGGCAGCUCCGAUUCUUCUGGAGGAGAACAAAUGGAAAUAGGGGAACUAGCUCUUGAUAUAUGGCAAUCUCGAAUGAUUUUACCAAUAGGUCAUAGACUGGUUGAUUUGUUGCUUGAGGCCAUCGACGCCGACAGAGCACAAAAAACGAUUCCUGUUUCUAUCGAAGCUAUCAAAGGUACAAUCUUGAGUUUUGUUGAGGUGCAGGCUUAUAAAAAGAAGGCCCCUCUUCAGUUAUACCAGGAACUGUUCGAAGAACCGUUUUUAACUGCUAGCGGUGAACAUUUCAAACAGGACGCUUCUAGGCUACUUGAAGAAAGGGACGUCAGCCUGUACAUGGAGAAGGUUAAACUUAAAUUGGAAGAGGAAAUGUUUAGGGCCAGAAGAUUUUUGCAUAGUAGUUCUUUACCGAAGGUGGCCCAUACCUGUGAAGCUCAUAUGGUAGAGGAACACCUGGAAUUCAUUUAUAGCGAAUGUAUGAACAUGGUGCAGGCGGAAAGGAAGAAAGACCUGUCCAACAUGUACGACUUGCUGAAGAGCGUUCAGGAUGCCAUCCAAGUUCCAGUCGAUACGGUCUUGGAGCAUAUCAAGACUCAAGGAUUGAACGCCAUCGGCAACCUGCAAGGGGAAAACAUCCACAUAAACUUCGUGGAGAAUUUGUUGAAUGUCCAUAGUAGAUACAAGCUCCUCAUCCAGGAGGUUUUCAAGUCUGACCAGAAUUUCAUGGGGGCCCUGGAUAAGGCCUGUAGUUACGUUAUAAAUCACAGACCUAAUGGGGGAAAGAGCCCCUGUCGUAGCCCCGAGCUGUUAGCCAAGUACUGUGAUACCCUAUUGAAAAAAUCGAGCAAAGGCGUCAGCGAAUUUGAGGUGGAAGAGAAACUCUCUCAGAGUAUCAUUAUAUUCAAAUACAUCGACGAUAAAGACGUAUUCCAAAAGUUCUACUCCCGUAUGUUGGCCAAACGGCUGAUUCACCAACAAACCCAAAGCAUGGAUGCGGAGGAGACGAUGAUAAAUAGGUUGAAGCAAGCUUGCGGCUACGAAUUCACCAGUAAACUGCACAGGAUGUUCACGGAUAUGUCUGUUAGCGCCGAUCUGAACAAUAAGUUCCAGGUGUACUUGAAGGAGGAUAACAUAGAUCUCGGCAUAAAUUUCAGCAUUUACGUGCUGCAAGCCGGAGCUUGGCCCCUGGGUCAGGCCGUCGUAACCCCCUUCGCCGUUCCUCAACAACUCGAAAAGAGCGUUCAGAAGUUUGAAGCGUUUUAUCAUAAUCGGUUCAACGGGAGGAAGUUAACGUGGCUUCACCAUCUCUGCCAGGCGGAAUUGAGGCUAGGUUAUCUCAAGAAAUCGUACGUGGUCACCGUGCAAACCUUUCAAAUGGCCAUCUUGUUGCUUUUCGAGAACACCGACUCCCUGACCUGCAAAGAGAUCAGAGAUACGUUGCAGUUGAACGCUGAGCACUUUCAGAGGCACGCCAUCAGUCUUGUGGAGUCUAAACUGUUAUUGUCCGAUACCGAGGAACUGACAGAGUCCUCCGUAUUACGAUUGAAUAUGGAUUAUUCGAAUAAGAGGACGAAAUUCAGGAUAACAGCUGCGGUUCAGAAGGAAUCGCCUCAGGAGGUGGAGCAAACUAUGAAUUCCGUAGAAGAUGAUAGGAAAAUGUACCUGCAGGCCGCUAUUGUUAGGAUAAUGAAAGCUAGGAAAGUUUUAAAACACAACGCUUUAAUACAAGAAGUUUACUCACAGUCGAAAACGUCUUUCGCUCCAAGUGUUCAACUGAUAAAGAAAUGUAUCGAAUCCCUAAUCGACAAGCAAUAUAUCGAAAGAACUGCACACUCCAGCGAGGAGUAUAGUUAUGUAGCAUAAUUCUGGACUACUUUUCUAAACAUCAGGUACCAAAAAUGAACCUCCUCAAAUUCUAACGAUAAGAUGGUUCGGAAUAUUUGAGAAUAUAUACAAGAUAAGCUAGAACAAGAGUUUUCCACCGGAAAAGUCUAUUUUGAUUCAUCGAGUAACUAAAUGAGUGUAUAUGACUCAAAAUGGGAACUUCCUAUUGGAAAACUCGAAGAUAUACAUGCUUGGGAUACCACCCAUAUUAUAUGGACUUAUCUUAUUGUUAAUAAAAUCGUACAUGUUUGAUGAUAACGAAGAAUCCUAACGAAAUCAGACAUUUUUGUCGCAAUCUGUUGAAUACAAAAACUGAUUUGAAACUUUUGUUGUGAAAUUGAUACUUUUGUAAAUAAAUGCAAAUAUUAAAUAAGACCCUAUCUUUAA